CGGGAGCCGAUUGAACUCGGUGCAGACGAGCGAUGCCAUGAUGAGAAGUGAAGCGGGAUUUCCUGGUUCUAGACCUUCAGCUGAAGCCAGCCAGAGCUGCGCCGUCCAGUGCUUUCAGCCACCCGCAUCGGUAGGCGCAUCUGGAACCCGGUGACCGGCUUAGUUUUGAAAGCCUCCGAGGGAAUCUGCCUUGCGACGCUGCAAGUUGCUGUCUGUGCCUGGGCCGAUGCCUGCGCCUCCUGCGAUAUUCGAUUGAUGUUAAGCGGAUUCUUUGGAUUUCCAGGGCGGACGACGGAAAAUGCCAUGUUUACGUUAACAAGGCUCCAGGUGAGCAAUGCCGGGAAGGAAAGAAUGCGGGGUGCGUCUCUUCCCUCUUUCGUCUCCUCGUCCUUUCCUCUCUGCUUUCCCGCUCCACUGAAGGGCUAGGGCCGUUUAACUGAGCCCCUCCCACCUGCCCAUCUUGUCUAUGCUCCCCACACCUAUGGACCUGUCUUUGAUCUGUCUGCAUUCCGUGCUUCGAUCCAUGCGGAGCGAUGUCGCUGCCCUUUGAGAUAUCGCAGAUUCACGGUGCUCUUGCUCUCGCCUACAGGGUUAUUGAGAUUGGAUGGAGUAACAUCCAUGACGCUCACGAACAAUACCUCGAGUUCGGACAGGACAUCAAGGACCUAAGAAUCAGUCUUCUCAACCUCGCUGGCGCCAUUGACCAAGCCGAUCGUGGUUCACUCCUCAACAAUAGGCCGACUACCGCUGCUGCCAACAACUUCCACCAUGUGCUCGGCAAUUUCACCGGCGUCCUUGAGGAGUGCUUACGACUCUUCGAACGUCAUUCUACAUAUGGCCGCAACCGAGGCCCGAUCUACAACUGGCGAUGGUUUCUCCUCGUCAAGGACGAGGUCAUGAUGCUGAGGGAGCGUAUUGCUUUCUUGAACAUAAAACUUUCGGUAGCCUUCAAGGCUCUAGAAAUUGAGACCAGUGAUGGCACUCGGAGGCUGAUUGUAGGGGUCGGCGAGCUACUCCUACAACGUUUUGACUUGCUUGAGGCGAGACUAUCGGUAAUGCUCGGCCAGCCCCGGCCAGCCGAGCCGGAGCGGGUCCUUGAAAUUCCACAGCCCUUGGAGGAUUUGUUGGUGGCCAUUGCCAUCUCGAAACACGGAAGUCUAAGCAGCAUGCCCCUCGCACAAGGCAUAGAUGAAACCAUCUUCUAUCUUGAUAGGGCCACAUGCUGGCACGCUAGGAGAAGAGUCGAGCAACCCACCGAGCAGAUCCUGGCAUCGCAGAUUGCCAACAUGAUCCGAGCUUACUGGACACUUCAGGCCACUAGGUCGGGCAAUGAAUGCAUGGAAGUCUCCUCCAGGGCGACUAUUGAUGACUUGGAGGCACACUUUCCGCGUCUUGGCAUGACGGUGCAGAGAUAUUUGCACAAGCUAGGAGAGAGGAUAUUCGAUGCUCAUGAUGCACUGGCUCAGAAUGGAAGUCAGGUCCCGACAUGGGCUCAGGUGCGAGAUGCUUUACACAGGGAACAGCAUAGCUGGGAUGAGCAUUGUGGUUGGAGGCCACCACAGCAUGACGAGAACGAUCCCAGGAGGGGCGAGAAGAUCUUCACCUGUCGUUUGCAAGAUCACAAUACUGCCGAGCAAUAUCUGGAGAUAUGGCAACACGACGCAAAGAAUAACCAACAACUGACAAUGAUCAUAUGUGUAGCCAACAGAGACACAGUCUACCAGGUCGACCGCACAAGUCUCAUGGUGAUACCAUCGGAUGAUUCGCUGGUUCAAGGCAACGACUUUUAUUCCAUAAUCGUAAAUCCCAGCCACCUGGGUGGACAAGCUGGCUUUAGGUUGGCGUUUCACACCAAGGGCGCCCUCUUUGACUUGCAGCAAUUCUUUACCGGUUACAGAGUGGUUGAUGAUCUUUUUGGAGCCAAGAUAAUUCUGCAGCAAGCAGAAGGGGUCCUGCGAGGAACACAACGGCGAAGCACAGGACGGGUGCAGCUAUGGUCUUCGACUGUUAGACCGACUGGCCGAGCCUUGCCAAAAGAAAUUCUGACCUCCUCCACGAGCACCUUGAGAAAUCUACCUGGCAUGGGUUUCAACCCGAGCACGCCGCCCCCAGUUUUGCCUCCACUGGGUUCUUUCUCGAGGCUGACCCUGUCACAAGAGCCUGCCCUAACCCCCGCAACUAGUCCAACCAGUUCCAGCCAGAGUGUUGAGACACCGCCCCCAAUCAUGUCUUCAUUCCAGCAAACGCCUUUCCCUAACGGCAACAACAGAUUCUCAGGAAACAGCUGCAAUUCCAACUCCUUCUGGCAACACCCCAUGCUCCUGGCUCAAGUCGGUGGGGCAACUCAGUCAUCGCCCGUUCCUCAACGCUAUUCAACUCAAAGUGACGAUUUUCAAACCACGUUAACCUCCCCCGUUUCGCCAGUCCAGAGGUCCAAUGCAAACACCAACCGCCCGCUUCCGCGGCGCCCAUCAGUCGCAUUUUCCGUAACAUCUCAAUCUUCAGCGGUCUCCGUCGCAAGCACCACCCAGUCCGCUGCUAUGAUUCAAGUGGGACCUCGAGGAACCAUGGGAUGCAUCAUUCAGGCUCCUGAGCCACCCCGCUUGGUGCUCUUCAUCAGAGGAAGAACAUCAGCAGAGCCAAGUAGUCUGUUGGCCAUUGACAUCAAUUCAAAUAUUCGAAUCAACCCGGACCUCUGCAAAUGCCGCCAGGGACGGUCUGAACAUCCUCAAGCACGCCAACAAGUAGCUCCAUCACAGUGCUGCCAAGUCGUGCUUCAGCCUGCGGGAGGACGAGACAAAAUCUAUGCCAAGGAGACAGCCGCUCCCGAAGACACGAAAAGUGUUAACAAUAAGAAGAAGAACAACGGGGGCGGGACAGAAGGGGUCUCAACGUGGAAUCUGGCCAGUGCUGGCAGGUUUCAACAGUACAAUGAUUUGAGCAAGGGUGGUAUGAAGCAGGUCAAGAAAUUGAAGCUUGUGACUAUUGAGUUUGGCAGUGUCCAAGCUCGGCAGCGGUUCGUUACAAACUUUAACGACUUGAAGGAGCUGUACUCGAAGUAUGCGGUGGUAUGAUUAGAUGUUUUAGCUUAUACACGACAGUGAUGGAUAUACCCGGUUUUGUGUUGGCGUUCUGUGUAAAAAUUUGAUUUAUACAAAUGCUGUUUUUGUGUACCAGAGAGCAAGUCACGGUGGCCUGUGCAUGGUGUGUACAAUACAAUUGAAGCCUUAUUUCAAAAAGUAAACUCCAUUUCAUUACA